AUGUCGCCGAACAGCGAAUUGCAGGAGACAGCACUCCCGGCUAAAUCUUUGGACCCAACAUGCUAUUUCCUCAAGCCGGCUCUUUGUCGCUACACAAUUACGGAGUUCUUGCGGAGAGCAGCUAUCGCGAUGCCCACUUUCGAUCCCUCAGCCUUUGGAGACGAGAUCGACAGGCUCAUACACGCUGAAACUAAAAAAUGGGAUGUCAGCGGUGUGCCCCCCGACCGCCUCGAACACUGCCUUGUCACCGGAAUCAAUAUGGCAAAAACAGCGUACAGGCACGCUCCCAUCGAGACACAAGUCCACAUCGCUCUGUGGACCGCCCUAUGCGUCUGCGUGGAUGACUUCGACCCGGGAACAAGCGCCAUCGCCGAAUUUGCCGAACGAUUCCACGCUGGUCUCGAGCAGCUGCACCCACUGCUUGACCUGUAUGCGGAUAUUCUCCGCUGGAUGCCCAAGUUCUUCGGCCCCUACGGCGCUGCUGCGAUUGUCACUAGUACCGUGCAGUUCGUUACUUCCACGCUGGUCGACAAGGAGACGGACACCAUGAAGCUGCAUCAUUCAGCGCGUGGAUAUCCUCUGUACAAGCGUAAUCGCAACGGGGUCAGCGAGGCCUAUGCGUUUUGCAUCUGUGAUAAGGUCCAUUUCUCCGAUGUAGCUACACAUAUUCAGGUGACACCCGAGGCUAUUGCGUACAUCAGCCAUGCCAACGAUUUGUUUUCUUUCUACAAGGAAGAGCUCGUCGGCGAGAAGAGCAACUACGUCCAUGAUCGUGCCUGCAUCACUGGCAAAGAUCUUGAGGCAUCUCUGAUGGAUAUGCUCGAAGACGUUGUGGAUGUCGUCGACAGGGGUCGAAAGAUCCUGGAGGGCGAGAAGGAGAGGCAAGCAUGGGAAAGCUUCUUGGCAGGAUAUGUUGCAUUCCAUUUCAUCUCUCCUCGCUACAAACUGGAGCGGCUGUUUAACGCAUCAGACUAAGUUCGCGGCCCGCCCUAGCUUACGUCUUGUGCAUUCCGCCACCUAUACUACUAUGUUUCAAGUUUCACAUACACGC